AUGCCACCUCUUGCGCAUGUCAAGAUCCCGUUGUAUAUACCCACUCUGCCGGUUAGCCGACAGUCACAUGCAGGUACUAGCUACGAAAGCAAAGCACAAUAUCGACCGAGGGUGUACGGUGACGCACCACUUUCUGUCAAGCCUUCCGAAGAUGCCCCAGCCAACGCGCGUAUCAUUGGACGUGUGAUCGAGCCCACUGGAUCUGUCUACCAGUUGAGGAUAGGCGACGUUGAGAUACACGAUGUUGGCAUCGAUGAGAUACUAGACUAUGUUUCGCCAGAAUGCCUGGAAGAAUACGAGCACCAGCAGUUUGAGGAGGAAGCGGAGCUAAGGCGAAUUGCAGAGAUCGAGGCUGAGCGACAGGAAGCCGAGAGACGGGAACGUCAGAGGCAUCGAGCGAAGCUUAAAGGCGUUGUUGGCUAUAGCGAUGACCGCAGUGAGCUCGAUGUGGGUGCGAGCGGUGAAGGAUCUGAAGCUCCUGCUGGCAGACAUGGUCGAGCACGACCUUCUUACAAGCAGCUGUUCAAGAAGUUUAAAGAACGGCGGCGCAGAAGGCGAAACCCUGUCACGGGCGAGCUCAUGCCACUGAGUGAUGCCGAAGAUGAUGCUCUCGAACUGGAGUCUUCGGCUGAUGACGAGCCGCAAGCGACGCUCUCGAGCUUAGCAUCUUCCGCGCCUGCAGAGCAACACAAGCGUCGUAGACGGAAGCGAGAUCCUUUGACUGGCGAGCUUCUGCCGCUCGACAUUCUCCCACAGAGGGUGAGCUCCAAGAAGAAGAGGCAAAGGCGACGCAGACACCCGCUAACCGGAGAGCUGAUGCCGAUCGGCUGGCGUUAUGACCCGGAUAUGCCUCCCGCGAGGCAAGAAAGCAAUUCUGUCCUCGCUGGAACCAUUCCUGUCUCACCCGCUUUCGACAGAUUAAGCAUAUCCGACGAGCAUCCCGCAAAGCGUGCGAGGUUCGACAGCGAACUGUCAUCAGACCUCCCGCAGUCAGACGUAGAGAGUCAGGAAGCGUCUGAGGCGAUGCCGGCAGAACAGCAACUGACAAUCUCUGACGUAAAGACGCCGCCAAAACCUCUACUCAGUGCAAGUCGGGGGCAGUUGGGCGUCCCUGCUGCUCUACAAUCUGCUGCUACGUCCUCUGCACCCGAAACGUCGCCAGAGCCGUAUCACGGAACUUCAUUACAACGACGACUGAUAGCUGCUAACACAGAUAUUGACAACUCAGAAGGACACAGCGCCGAGAGCGAGGAGGGCGAGUUCAACAUCGAUGCGAUUUUGGAUCACAAGUUAUCCGAUCCACGAACGCAUGCGCCUGAACACGGUAAGAAGGCAGUUAUGCUCUAUCUGGUGAAAUGGGAGGGCUACGAUGAGCCGUCCUGGGAACCCGUGGAAAGCUUUCCUGACCGCAGCGUCGUGGAACACUACCACGGCAUGCUAAAAGGACGCCAAAUCUCAGACGAGCGAGCUGAGGAAGCCAAUAUAGAUGGAGCAUCACCGAAGCUCGUCCGGUCGUCUAAGGCUGACAGUCGGACUUCCUUGAGCCUGAGUGCUCCGGCCCCGAAACACAGCAGCCCGCCCCAGGCUAUGCAUGAUGCGCAGGACAGUGAGGAGGAAGUGGACGACGGUAGCUUCGAAAUCGAGGCUAUUGUCGCGCACCACAUGUCUGACCCACGAACCCACCGCCCGGAGUACGGUAAGCAUCCUGUCAUGCUUUACCAAGUGAAGUGGAAAGGCUACAACAACACAACGUGGGAACCGAUCGAAAGCUUUGAAGAUCUGAGCAUCGUGAAUGACUACAGAAGCCAGGCUGGCCUACCGAUACGCGACGCUUGA